AACGGACAGGUGGGACAGGCAGUCGAACUGCUAGAGCACGUUGUAAAGAUCCAGUCGACGACACUGGCAAAAGAUCACCCUGAUCGACUGGCAUGUCAACAGGCGUUGGCAACAACAUAUCAAGCCAACGGACAGGUGGGAAAGGCGAUCGAACUGCUAGAGCAUGUGGUAGAGAUCCGGUUGACGACACUGGCGGAGGAUCACCCUGAUCGACUGGGAUCUCAGCAGGCGUUGGCAAUGGCAUAUCAGGCCAACGGACAGGAGAGAAAGGCAAUCGAACUGCUGGAGCAUGUGGUCGAGACCCGGUUGACGACGCUGGCGGAAGAUCACCCUGAUCGACUGGGAUCUCAACACGCCUUGGCAAUGACAUAUCAAGCUAAUGGACAGGUGAGAAAAGCAAUCGAACUGCUGGAGCAUGUGGUCGAGACCCGGUUGACGACGCUGGCGGAAGAUCACCCUGAUCGACUGGGAUCUCAACACAUGUUGGCAGUAGCAUAUCAAGCCAAUGGACAGGUGGGACAGGCGAUCGAACUGCUAGAGCACGUGGUAAAGACCUGGUCGACGAUGCUAGCGGAAGAUCACCCCUAUCGACUAACAUCGCAACACAUGUUGGCAGUAGCAUAUCGAGCCAACGGACAGGUGGGGAAGGCGGUCGAACUGCUGGAGCAUGUGGUCGAGACCCGGUUGACGACGCUGGCGGAAGAUCACCCUGAUCGACUGGGAUCUCAACACGCCUUGGCAAUGGCAUAUCAAGCCAACGGACAGGUGGAACAGGCGAUCGAACUGCUAGAUCACGUGGUAAAGAUCCGGUCGACGACACUGGCGAAAGAUCACCCUGAUCGACUGGCAUGUCAACACAUGUUGGCAGUGGCAUAUCAAGCCAACGGACAGGUGGGACAGGCGAUCGAACUGCUAGAGCAUGUGGUCGAGAUCCGGUCGACGACACUGGCGGAAGAUCACCCUGAUCGACUGGGAUCUCAACACACGUUGGCAAUGGCAUAUCAAGCCAACGGAAAGGUGGGAAAGGCGAUCGAACUGCUGGAGCAUGUGGUCGAGAUCCGGUCGACGACGCUGGCGGAGGAUCAUCCUGAUCGACUGGCAUCACAACACAUGUUGGCAGUGGCAUAUCGAGCCAAUGGACAGGUAGGAAAGGCGGUCGAACUGCUGGAGCACGUGGUCGAGAUCAACUCGACGACGCUGGCGGAAGAUCACCCUGAUCGACUGGGAUCUCAACACGCCUUGGCAAUGACAUAUCAAGCUAAUGGACAGGUGGGAAAGGCAGUCGAACUACUGGAACACGUGGUAAAGAUCCGUUUGACGAUGCUAGCGGAAGAUCACCCCUAUCUACUGGGAUCUCAACAAGCGUUGGCAAUGGCAUAUGAAGCCAACGGACAGGUGGGAAAGUCGUUCGAACUGCUGGAGCACGUGGUAAAGAUCCGGUUGACGAUGCUAGCGGAAGAUCACCCCUCUCGCAUUGUCAAUCGACUUUGCCGAAGUCGCGAUUCUGGACUAUAUACAUGA